AUGACAGCCGCGAGCCGCCCGCCCCGCCGACUUCGACCCGAGCUGCGGCUUCCGGCGGCUCAAGGGAAGCAGGAUUUGGGGCAUCGGAAAUUUAAGAAACUUAACCAGUGCCCCCUGUGGCCCUGCCUUGUCAGCUGUGUCCCCGAGGGGGUCUGCCAGAGCCCCGUGUGCCGUGCCGUCUCUGUGCUGACCUGCCUGGAACUGGAACGCUACCUCCAGAGUGAGCCGUGCUAUGUCUCAGCCUCAGAAAUCAAAUUCGACAGCCAGGAAGAUCUGUGGACCAAAAUCAUUCUGGCUCGGGAGAAGAAGGAGGACUCGGAACUGAAGGUUUCUUCUGGUCCCCCAGAGGAACCCCUGGUCAGCCCGAGUUUCCACUACAGCUUGGAGACCAGCAGCCUCACCUCCGACGUCAGUAGCGAGUCUUCCGACAGCUCGGAGGAGCUCUCCCCCACGACCAAGUUUACCUCUGACCCCAUCAGCGAAGUGUUAGUCGGUUCAGGGAACCUGAGCUCCUCCGUCACCUCCACACCCCCCUCUUCCCCAGAACUGAGCCGAGAGCCUUCCCAGCUUUGGGGCUGUGUGCCUGGAGAGCUGCCCUCACCCCCACCAGGAAAGGUGCGCUCUGGGACUUCCGGGAAGCCGGGGGACAAGGGGAGCGGCGACGCCUCCCCGGACGGCAGGAGGAGGGUACACCGGUGCCACUUUAAUGGCUGCAGGAAAGUUUACACCAAAAGCUCCCACUUGAAAGCACACCAGCGCACGCACACAGGAGAAAAGCCUUACAGAUGCUCAUGGGAAGGGUGUGAGUGGCGUUUUGCAAGAAGUGAUGAGUUAACCAGACACUUCCGGAAGCACACCGGUGCCAAGCCUUUUAAGUGCUCUCACUGUGACAGGUGUUUCUCCAGGUCUGACCACCUGGCCCUGCACAUGAAGAGGCACCUCUGAGGGAGCGGAGGGGUGAAUCCUGUGGGCUAAAAGGCUUCCGGGCUGAGAGACAGCCACGGAAGGAGGAUGCGCGUUCCAGCCAAAGCAUGCCAUUUUGCACCCUACCCAGUUGCCUCCAGGGCCUCUCUCUGAAAGGCCUUUUGAGGGCUAACAAGUCACGUCAGAAGCGGCAUUACCACCUGUGGUGCAUGGUGUUGGGUGACCCUGGACUCGCCACUGGUACCUGACCCUCUGGGAGGCGCCGAGCCCUGGCCGUGAGCAUGCGCACUGAGAAUGUAGUGGUUGGGCUGACUGUAUGUUGAGGAUCUAUUACUGAUUGUAUGAUGCGGCAGGCUUUCUUCCCUUGUGGUAACAACUGCAAGACGAAGGAGAAAAGCAGUUUGAAUGUGCUGUGUGUAAGAAGUAUACCUUGAGAUGAGACCACCGGUGAUUUCCUGGGAGGGUGUCCGCACCUUAGAAAAAUACAAAAACAAAACAAAACAAAA